GUAAAAUAGAUGCAUUCUGUAUUGACGUCACGCGCGCAAGAGCAUGUGCGGGAGGCUAACAAACCCCAAAUCUGGCACACCACGAUUCCGCCACGUGGUGACAAUCCUCGUAACAAGGCAUGUAUGAAAAUUACGUGCCCUAUUUAUAAUUUAUAAAUAAAUAAAUAAAAAAGCGAAUAAUAGGCGGGAAGCGGGUCCCACAAAGAAGACCAUAUUCGUGUCGUUGCAGCGAGGGCCUCAAUUUGUACGGUACCGUGUUGGUUUCUGAUUGGCCCACGUACCACCCAUACCUACACGUGGUACCCUAGAUAGAAAGAGAGAAUCAAAAGACCUCUGAAAAUCAACGGUCCAGAUCUUCCCUCACAUUCAAUGUUUCGACGUCACACCAACUGUGCAUGUCUGGUACUUGUCACUUUCCUGACCAAGAAGGUGACGGGCAGCUACCCGUAACCCCCCCCCCCCCCCCAACCCUAAUAUUACAACUAGCUGUAGUACAAAAAGCCAUUUCAAUUUCGUAGUUUGGGUCGUCUCUUCAGAUUUUAAUAUUCCAUCCUUCUGAAUGUUCUCUGAUUGAGGUUUUCGUUGUUUAUUAUCUUCCUUAAAUUGAUCGUCGUUAUUAAAUUGAUAAACCAGAAAAGCAUUAUAUUUUGUUAAAUAAUGGCUGGUAUGUGCUGUGGGAUGAAUAUUAGUGAGACGGAGACGAAUUCCCUGGCGGAGCCCGGCUCCAAGUCCGCCAGGAGGAGGAGGUUAGAAAUCCACCAGUUCAAUUUCGGGCCAACCGAUUCCGCCGGCGGCAGCGGCGGCGGCGUCACGAAGCGACGGAGGAUCGAUUCGCUGCGUCCGGUUAGUUCGGCGCCGGGUGAUUGGUCGAGCGCGGCUCGUAGCUUUAACGGUGACGAGAAGGCGAAGGAAGUCGUCCACCAAACGGCGACUAACGGAGGAGCUGUGCCGGUUCCGUUAGAUAUGACGGCGGCGGCAUCUGGAUCUGAGGAAGGGCACGUUUCUUCCUCGGUUUGUCCGAAAUUCGGGAUGACGUCCGUUUGCGGGAGGAGGAGAGAUAUGGAAGAUGCGGUUGCGAUUCAUCCUUCCUUCUGCGGCCAUGACAGUGAUCUUCGGAGCGGCUACCAUUUCUUCGGUGUUUACGACGGCCAUGGUUGCUCACACGUUGCAACCAGGUGCAAGGACCGAAUGCACGAGAUAAUGAAAGACGAGUUCAGACACAGCCACGAUUCAUGGGAGCGCACGAUGUCGGAAAGUUUCACGAAGAUGGACAAGGACGUGACGGAGUGGUCCAGCGGCGCCGCCGCCAGCGCCUCCGCCUCCAACUGCCGGUGCGAACUGCAGACGCAGCAGUGCGACGCCGUCGGAUCCACCGCCGUCGUGGCGGUAGUCGCCCCCGACAAGAUCAUCGUCUCCAACUGCGGCGACUCCCGCGCCGUUCUCUGCCGGAACGGCGUCGCAAUUCCUCUCUCCGUCGAUCACAAGCCGGACAGACCGGAUGAGUUGAACCGGAUAGAAGAAUCGGGCGGGCGGGUUAUAUUCUGGGACGGGGCUAGGGUUCUCGGGGUUUUGGCCAUGUCACGUGCUAUUGGCGAUAACUACUUGAAGCCGUACGUGAUACCGGAGCCCGAGGUAACAAUAACGGGCCGGGCCGAGGGUGACGAGUGUCUGAUAAUCGCAAGCGACGGGCUCUGGGAUGUGGUCUCCAACGAAACUGCCUGUGGGGUGGCGCGCAUGUGCCUGCAGUCACGGAGGCCACCGCCGCCGGCACCGGAGGUCGGCAGCAUCGCCGUUGCGCCGGCGCCGGGAGAGAGCUCCGAUCAGGCCUGCUCCGACGCGUCGAUUCUGUUGACGAAGCUGGCUUUGGCGAGGCAUAGUACGGAUAAUGUGAGUGUUGUGGUGGUGGAUUUGAGGAAGAUCCCAUAAUACGACGGCGUUUAUGUUUUUUUUAAUUUUUAUUUAAUUUCUUUUUUUACCUAAUUAAGUAGUUUUGCUAAUUAAUGCAUGUUUAAAGUAAUAUUAGUGUUGCCUUGAAGAAGGAAUGAAAGAGGAAAAAUUAUGAGGUGCAUGUGUGGUGGGGUAUUAGGGUAGUUUAUGAGGUUUAAUAUUUUCAUAUUGAUGUUUUCAAGUGUAAAUAUUUUUUUAUUUUUUUAUUUUUGCUACUUUAUAUCAAUUAAAUGGUUUAAUAUUUACUA